AUGCAUUAUUCACGUGAUUGUGGCUUCAAAAAUCAUCAAUGUCAGCAAUGUGGCAAACAGGGACAUAAAGACGGAUACUGUAACACUUACCGUCCUCAAUCAACGGACAAUUCGUCCCAGAUCAAGCAAAUCAGCAACGGAAAUCGCAGGAAGCACAUAAUGCUGCGAAUCAACGACAUUCCAAUCAAGCUACAACUGGAUACAGCAUCUGAAAUUACAGUCCUAUCUGAACACACAUGGCGAAAAUUAAACUCACCGGCUUACCAGCCUACAACUCACACUGCCCGCACGACAAAUGGAAAUUCCUUACGCUUAUUAGGCGAAUUUAGAUGCACCAUCCAAUGCAAUGGCCACUCACAAAUAGGUAAGGCGUUUAUCACAGACAUUCCAACCUUAAAUGUUUUAGGUACUGAUUGCUUCGACGAACUUGGCCUCGGAGAGAUUCCUAUCAAUGCAGUCUGCUCCACCAUACAAUCUCAAAACGGCGCCCAUGCACUCCAAUCAGAAUUUUCGGAUAUCUUUACUGAUAAACUGGGACAUUGUACCAAAACCAGAGUCAACUUACAUAUAAAACCAGAAUCUCCACCAGCAUUUCGCGCAAAGCGUCUAGUAGCAUACGCUACCAUUCCAUUGGUCGAUCAAGAGUUGGAUCGUCUUCAAAAAUUGGAUAUCAUCUCACCGAUUGAAUAUUCGGAUUGGGCAGCACCUAUCGUGGUAGCAAAAAAACCUAAUGGCGACAUCCGCAUAUGUGGCGACUACUCUACGGGACUUAAUCAAGCACUGGAGCCACAUCAAUACCCCCUUCCAAUACCUGACGAAAUUUUUGCGAAACUAGCAAACAAAAAGAUCUUCAGUGUCAUCGAUCUUUCAGAUGCUUUCCUACAGAUUGAAGUUGCAGAAGAAUCUCAAAAAUACUUAACCAUCAACACUCAUCGAGAAUUAUUUAUGUACAAUCGACUGCCUUUUGGAAUCAAAACAGCUCCAGCCAAUUUUCAACAUCAUUGA